AUGGAGCGCGUACGCUCACUGUGCACCGGAACCAGGAGACCCGGUCAGACCGCGUCUGACCGUGGAAAGACCGAAGGAGGGAAGGAUUUCCCUCUUUCCGUUUUUAAAUUUCCUUUCUCCAGGACUGACGGUCGGACAGGGUCUCUCCUCGGCAAUCUGUGGCCCAUCAUCAUGGCCCCAAUGAACGAUCCAAACCGUCCAUAUUCUAGAGAACACAAGCCCUGCGAACCAAGUUUCAACCGUUGGAUUGCACGCACGUACGCACAAUCUCAGCCGCAAAUCAGGGUGAAAGCACAUGCUUUCCAAAAACGGAAACCUGUCUCCGUGCGACAGUUGAGCCCGGAUUUGACUCGGUCCAGGUUACUGUGGGACGUCCCAGCAACAGAAAAAGAGAGAGUGAGUGAGAGAAAGAAGAAAAAAAAGGGGGAAGAAGAAGAGGAGAGAGAAGAUAAGGAGUUGGGUUUGGGGGGCUGCCGAGUUGACUCGAUUGAAAUUGAGUCCAGCCGAGUCAAGUGGGCUUGGGGCUGGUCUAGGCCUUGCUGGACACUCCAGCAUGGGGUGAGAGUGAAGAAGGAUGGGUGGUUGUUGCACCUAUCGAGUCGACUCGGGUUGAGUUGGUUCAAGUUAAGGCGAACAAUCGGGACUAGAUCAGAUCGGUCAAAUCAGCUAAUUCACACCUUCAGAUCCUACGAAGAAGUGGACUUACAUCCUAAGUCGUACCAUGAUUUUCGGGUGGAGCUGAAGUUCGUUUAUCAAUUUUCUAGCUAUCUUGCGGUGUUCACGUACGACAUGAUUUUUGGGUGGUCUAGGAUUUGUAUGUUGUUUGUCUCUUCAUCUGCGGUGUCAGUCGUACCAUGAUUUCCGAGUGGAGCUGAAGUUCGCUUAUCGAUUUUUUAGACAUCUUGCGGAGUUCACGUAUGACAUGAUCUCCAGAUGAAGAAGAAGUUUGAAGGUUAAUUUUUUAUUCACCUCAUGGAUUUCACUUGUACCAUGAUUUUCGGGUG